AUGCUACCCAGCGCGUCGCCGGAAACCCUGGCGAUCACUAGUCUGGCGCUUUGCUACGCUGGGGUACGGGAAGGAAGCGCCUGGCAGGAACUUGCGAAAUCUGUAGCCUCAGGACCCCAGGGCUUUAACCCUCGUGCCCUCGCGGAACUGGCCUGGUCCUUCUCGGAGGUGCGUUACGCACAUCAGGGCGUCUUCCAGACCCUGCUGCGUAAGAUGGAAGAAGUGAAGCAAAUGGCCAACGAGCAGGAGAAAUCGGUCUUCUGUUGGGCCUCUGGAAACUUGGGCUUCAACUGCUCCGCGAUCUUCGGCCCCCCGGCAGACAGCGUCGAUCCGCAGCUCUCGCGGAAGCUGUUUCAACGCCUCGACCAGCUGGCGACCAAUGGGGGCAUUCAGAUCUUGGCGAAGGAUCCCUUCCCUCUGUUGCAGAUGCCUCAAGCGCUAUCACCAACUGUUUGCCAAGAGCUCAUUCGUCGCGCUGACGAGGAGGGGCUCUGGCAGAACAGCACAGUGGUCGGUGGAAGUCUACACCAAGUGGUGAUGAACAACAUCCGCACCUCUGCCACGGCCACUUUCAACCUGCCCCACCACGAGGAAGACGAGUUGUUGUACGGCAUCCGCUCCUGGGCGGCUCAGCAACUGCAGUUGCCCACUGACUACGUGGAACCUCUGCAGAUUGCUCGAUACUCCCGCGGCCAGGAGUACAAGAGGCAUUUCGACUGGAGAUCCGCCAACUUCAACGGCAUUUGGAUCUUUGGACAGCGAGUUGCAACGAUUCUGGUGUACCUGAAGACGAUACCCCAAGGGGCCGGAGGUGAGACAGAAUUCAACCAGGUCAAUGUCCAGGUGAGGCCGCUGGAAGGUGCUGCGGCCAUUUGGCCCAACGUGGAUGUCUUGGGUCGUCCCCAUGAGGCGACGAGUCACCAGGCGAAGCCGGUGCUACAGGACGGCAUCACGAAGUAUGCCCUCAACAUUUGGAUCACCAACAAACCCUACCCGAACCGCACCUGGAUCGGCUGGGGCCGCUGA